AUGACCUGCCGGACGACGCUGGGCACCAAAGCAGUGAAUCCUGUACCAACAUCAACCAUAGUAUCAACUUCUGCAUCUCGACCUACGCAAACACUGGUCGUCCAGAAGACAGUGACCACGUAUCUUGGCCUGACCUCGACUUCAAUGCGGACUGCAACGAAGACGGAAACCGUCACGGACACCACAGACACAGACACCUUCUAUGUCACUUCGACAUUUUUCGACGUCCAGACUUUCCGUGCCACGACGACGAUGACCACCACCACGACCGAUACCAUCACCACAGCCACGACGUCCACCACGGUUACUCCUACCUCCGCAGGCUUCCUGAAUAUCCGUGAUACUCUGAACAGAGGAUCAGUCGCCCGUAGAGCGAUGGAGAAUCCUCACAGCCCAGUGAAGAGGGCUUUGCUGAGCGGAAAGCAAGGUGUUUUGGCCCAGACGAGACCAAAUAGGGUUGUUUGCACGAGCUACGCAAAGAACACCAACACCUUCACUUCUUACACAACUCUUGCCGCCCAGACAUCCACAAAAGCAUACUGGUCCCGCACCCUCAUCAGGACGACAACUGUCACUGUCCAGACAACCAUCAUCCCUGAGGUCGCCACAGAAGUUAUCACCGAGGUUUCAACCAGCAAGGUGCAGACCACCACCACUCUCAUCGAAACCGAUGUCAGGCGCGCAGUCACCACCACAACGGAGAGCCUUCCUGGUCCCACCAUCUUCAACGCCUGCAACCCCAACAACGAAUUUGGUGCUACAUUCCGCAGUGGUAAUGAGCCAUUCUACGUUGUCAAUGUUGCGAACAAUGGCCCGAAUGUCGCAUCCAACUUCGAGACUGUCGCCGAUGGUGCUUCUUCGGCCCUCGAGUGCUGCAACGCUUGCCAACGUCUCAGCACGUGCGAGACAUUUGUCUUCAGAAAGGCCUUCCGGAACUGCUUCCUGCUUUCUCAUCCUGGUGCUACUUGUCGCUCGCAGAGUCAGCCCAACUUCAUUCUUUCUUCCCCGGUGGUUGAAGGCGGAGACAUAAGCGACGGAGCUGUUGUAGGCAAUGGCAACUGCGGAUACGUCUGGAGUGGCACACCCAAGGGCUCUUUGCGCCGUGUUGACGGAUAUCCUUGA